GUGAAAUUAAUCAAUAGGGUUUCCUUAUUUAAGUUCCAUUCCUCAAGUUUCAUGGUUAACAUUAGGCUGCAACUUCUUGUUUCAUUUUUUUAACAUAAAUUGUAAACUGAUAUCCGACGGCGAUUCUUUUGCUCUCCAGGACCAUCUUGUCACUAGAUUUGAUUAAACAGGGGGAACUAGCUGAGCUGCAUUAAUAUGGACGUAUCAUCAGCCAAAUGGUUUUCUGACUCGGGAAUGGACUACAGUUUCAUUCCUCAAUGCCACUUGAACGGUCUAGAUGAAGGGUUUAAUGCACAUGAUAUUGGCACUGCCCUUGGGGAGAAUUUCAAACAUUCUUUUUCUGAGAGCUAUUCCUCUUACUCAACUUUGACAACCAAAAACACCACCACCACCACGACCAUCGCAUCAAGUGGUUCAUCCAUUAAUGAGACUUCUCAUGGUACCAGCUUUGAGAGCCCAGCCAAACUGCUCAAGACUAGCAGCUGGAACUCUAGCAUCACAGAAAAUGUUUCACCAAAACCUUGUUCUUCCUCCUCCCAGAUUCUUUCUUUUGAGAACUUGAACUCACCACUGCCUUCCAACCCUCAAAAGUUUUGUAAUAAAUUCGAGCCUGCGUUGAAGUCAAAGGAUGAGGCACCAUCCCAAAUUAACAUGCAGUUUUCACAUGCUCAAGACUAUGAAGCAAAAGGCUGUAGCCAGGGCACUAAGAGGCCUUGCCCAACAAGUAGAACACCUUCACAUGCUCAAGACCACAUAAUGGCUGAAAGAAAGCGGAGAGAAAAGCUCAGCCAGCGCUUCAUGGCUCUUUCUGCGAUCGUUCCUGGCCUAAAGAAGAUGGACAAAGCUUCUGUUCUUGGAGAUGCUAUAAAGCAUGUGAAGCAGCUUCAAGAAAGGGUCAAAGUGCUUGAGGAAAGAUCUAAGAAAAGAACUGUGGAAUCCGUGGUAUUUGUGAAAAAGUCUCAACUCUCCGCUGAUGAUGACACCUCUUCUUGUGAUGAAAACUUUGAUGGUUGCAGCCCAGACGAAGCUGCACUCCCAGAAAUUGAAGCAAGAGUUUCAGAAAAGGAUGUAUUGAUUCGAAUCCACUGCGAGAAACAGAAAGGAGUUGUGGUGAAAAUACUAAGCGAAAUUGAAAAGCUUCAAUUAUCUGUGGUUAAUAGCAGCAUCUUCCCAUUUGGGGCCUCCACUCUAGACAUAACCAUUAUGUCUCAGAUGGAUGAUGGAUUCAAUAUGACAGUGAAGGAUCUAGCAAGAAAGUUGCGAGUGGCUCUGUUGACGUUCAUGUGAGAUGCCAUAUGGGGCAGAUAUUCUAAGGAUUCUAUUUCUGCAACCUGUACAUUAUCCGAAUUACCUAAAAUUUAUCUUUUCCCAA